AUGUGGCUGUCAGUGUCGGUCAGGCAAGGCAAGGUGAUGCUUGUCAAGACGUCUGGUGAUCAAACUAAAUCAGUGUUCCUCAACGACAAAGGUGUUCAUGUAGCUGGCGAGAAGUCUCUUAUUAUGGAUAUCAAGGCGUGCGCGGAAGCAGUGGUACAGUUCGCACAAACGCAGCAUCUGACGGGGGGAUUCUUUGAGGUGUACUUGGGGUCUCGGGACAACUCGAUGUCCAUGGUGAGGUUUUCGGGGAAGAAGAAAAAGGAGUCUGUGCGCGGUAGCCCCUUGGACUGCAAGGACUUUCGGACAUUCUGGUUCUCCUGGGAGGAUGAGGGAACGCUGCACGUGGGGAGCGGGAGCGUCAUCGGGGUGCGUGAGUUCCUGAGUCUGGAGGUGGAGGAUGCGGUGGAGAUCCACUACGUGGUUGUGUACACAGCCAUGGGGAAUGAGGGGGAGUGGAGGGUCCUCAGAGACAGCAGGCCCGAGUUUGUGCAUCCAAACAGGGACGGGAGCACCGUGAUCAACGUCAGAGAGGACACGCCCGCACAUGGCGUCAUCUACGAGCUGAAGGCGAGGGAUCCCGACGAAGAUGACAUCUCAUACCACGUCAUUGGGCAAUACUCCGAUGUGUUCGGUGUCACUAGGACCAAUCUGAAGAUCUUGACGAGGCUGGACUAUGAAAGCAAGCAGAACUAUGUCGUUACCAUAAGUGCGAGUGACGGGAAACACGAAGUGCGGCAGUCGAUGAUGGUGAGCGUGGUGGACCUGGUAGACGAGGUGCCCGUCAUCGGCCCACCCGUCUUGACCACCAUCUUGGAGGAACUGCCGGUCGGGACGCCAAUAGGACAUCUAGCCACGGUCGUCGACAGAGACAGGGGCGCCAAGCUCAAGUACUCACUCCGAGGCCGUGACAGCCAGUACUUCAACAUUAAUACCAAGACAGGAGAUGUACGCAUGCGCAAACGCCUGGACCGAGACAAACGUAACGGCCGGCACGUGCUUGACCAGCUGUAUUUGACAGUGGAUGACCAGAUUCACCUGCAAGAGAAGAAGUUGCACGUGUCGGUUAUCGACAUCAAUGACAAUCCUCCCAUGUUCGGCAAGACCAUUUACCGGGUCACCGUCAAAGAAAACAUGUUUAAAGAUAUGGUGAUAGCCAACCUGUCAUGCGUGGACAUCGAUGACGCUGCCAAUUCCAUCUUCUCCCUGGUGGUCAGCUCAGUUGAGACACAGAAGGCUCCCAUUAAGGCAGGGAAGACAAGCAAGACGCCGAGCUCCACGACCCCAAAUAGCCUUGGAGACCGGAGCAGCAGUCCAGGGAAAGGAAACAGUACGAGCGAGUCCCCUCCUAUAUCUGAUGCCAGCAGUGGCCAUCCAGAGUACAGGUUACCAACCGUACCCGUCAUGACAGAUGGUAAGGCAGAAAGGGAGACAACUUCUCGGGGACGUGAAAUGGAAGAUGGCUUAAGUAAAGAACUGACUAGACCUUGGUUUCCACACGGUAGUGAUAGUAGACGAGGUACGAAAAAGCAGGAUCAGUUUCAAAACAGUGCAUCUCAGAAUACUGGUGGGAAGGAUGUAGUUGGGAGAAAUGUCCGAUCGACCAAUUUUCAAGAGUCCAUAAUGACCCCACACUACUUUGGUGAUAAAACAUAUGAUGAUUCAUUUAACAAAAAGAAUGCACAGCCAUUUGACAAUGAUUACCAGCCAAGAAGAAACGGUGAAAAAACUUAUAAGGAUGAUUCGGUAGGGAGAAAGGACAGGCCAAGAUAUGAUCCACAUGAAUGGAAUGAAAGACAUAAAGACAAAUCCAGUCAUGAGAGAGUCACUGAGACGUACGAAAGACAUAGGGAUGAAAGACGGAAACCAGAUUAUGACCAUGUGCAACAAAGCAGAGAUCGAGAUGAUGAUCAUCACCACGGAGAAGCUGAUUUACGAAACAGGAGAAAGUACGCAGGGCGUCCUCAAAGAUAUAGAUAUGAAGACAGGAGAUCCAAUGAUUACUACUAUGACUAUGAUAAUCAUCCAAACAGAUAUCAGCCUUAUCGAAGGCCCCCAAACGAUGGUUAUAGGAGGAGAAGGAGGUGGCAUGAAGAUGAGAUCAGAGGUUCUAGUUGGGUGGGUGAUAGUGAGAGUCACAGGGCCCCAGUUAAAGCACCCGUUCCAGAUAAUUGGGCUGACUUGUUGAAGCAUGAUGAACCCUACCUAGGUCCUAGACGUGAUGAUGAACCCAAACAUCUGGAAGAUGUCCUGAAGCCCCUCAAUCCAAGCAAAUCUAUAAACAAUGCCAUCGGUGAUGAAGAACCAAUGAAUAUCAUAACUAAAGCUGAUCAAGAAAAGAUUAGAAAUCAAAUGAGAUCAUCCAUUUCAGAAUAUGGUGACGAGACAACAGUCCAUGCUUCAGAUACAACCCCCUCUCUCAUAAUGACAACAAAAGCUACUUUAGAAGAUUUGGAGAGUCCACAUAUGCCACAUGGUGACUUCAGUGAUUCGAGUGAACAGUUGGUACAUUCUGAAAGUUUUGAGGAUACACUAUCAGCGACAACAGAAUUCCCAGGUAAUAGCGGUAUUGGAACUGAAAACAACACGACUGUUGAGGACAAAACAGUGAAGGAAGAUGGUGAUGGUAGGGACAAUGACGCAGACGGUGACGGUGAUGCUUUAGGUGAUACUGAUGACAGCGAUGAUUCAUUAGUAAAUGGAACAUCAUAUGAAACCAGCACUAGUUCGGAUAAAGAGAGUUCCAUAGACGAAUACAGUUCAAGGGGUAAUAGUUCAACCAACGCUUCUUCCAACACAGAUUUUGACUAUGAUACAUUGUAUAACAAAUUUGUUAAACACACAACAGAAGAUAGUCAAGGAGUCGAUGGUGUCACUGAAGCAACUAAUGAUAAAGGUACAACAGAGGGUUCUGAGUCUGAUAUUAACAACAAUGAUGUUAACACCAACAAAACUGAUCCCAAUCACCUGACUACUAAUCAGAAUAACAGUAUUGGUAAUACAAUGAGCAGUAAAAGAAAGAAACGAUCGUCACUGAAAAAUAUAUUUGGAGGAAAAUUCAGAAGGUAUCUAAAGAAAACCAGAAAAUUACGUAAAGCUAAAGCUGCACUGAAAGUAAUAGGUAGGCUACUGUCCAACGCACGAAGAAGAAAUAGAAGAAGAAAGAAUGACAGAUGGGAAAAGGCUAUUCGAAAGUUUCUAAAGACAAUUUCCAGUGACAAUAACGUGCAAUCAGAUGUUUCCGGCAGGGAAUCAUUCAGACACCUGCUCAGGGACGUUCUUGUCCACCAUGAGCGAUCACGUGGAAAUAGUCGUGAGAAAUUGACGAAUCAAAUUCCCAUGGAUGAGGUGUACAUUUCCGAUCCUACACAAGUGACUCAAUCUAAGGGAGACCAGGAGAAUUAUCUGACACAGAAAAUGGGACAAAAGCUUUUUCCUGAGCAACAAUACAUACCAUCUCUCUUCAGACAUUUUCAUGACGAUAGACAGAACUAUGAUGAUAGACGCCUCAAGCAGAGAUAUCCAAACAGCCCAUCCUCGUGGCGACACAUUAGGCCUAAUAGACCAAGGGAAGCACCAUUUGCCAGACAAACAUCGAAAUUUCCAUACUAUCUGGAACCCUGGGAACAGACUUCUUCUUCAACAAAUCACAAUGACAGAUUGAGACAUGACAUAAACGACGCAUUUCCAUUUGAAAGGCAUGGAUUUGAACCUUGGAAAUAUCAAAUACAAGAUGAACGCCUGCCCAAUAAUAAGCCAAAUAAACCGCUGAAACCUUCUCAUCACCACCAGGUCCAGCCAAGUAGGGAUGAUGGCAGACACCAACCUCUGUCCCCUGGUCAGAUGCCUUCGUCUUAUACCGACAUGAACAAUAUUAGAACUGGUGUUCAGCAGUUAGAUUAUUUUGAAAAUACAAAUGCACUUGGGAUUGAUGGAGACACUGGUAGUGAGGAGACUGAAUAUCAAGAUUCAGUUCCAGACAAUUAUCUUACUGGUGUGUCUGGACAGUCACCGGAAAUUUUAAAUAACGAUGUUGAUAUUGGAAGAGAAGGAAUAUCUGCAGCCAGAGCCAAAGUGUAUGAAGAACUUGGCCUCGAACCCAACCUACAGAAUCUAGAUUAUGACUAUCUGGAUCCAAUGGACACAGGGAGUAAUAUCUAUGAAACAGAUUAUACGAAAGAUGGAGAACAAACUCCCUCAGAACAUAGACCGACUGAUAAAGGUGCUAUGUCAUACAACAGUGUUGAUCAAUCUAAAUAUUUAACAAAUGGUGUUCCUUAUAGUCCUCAGCAAAAGACGCAAGAUUACAGACAUUCUGAGAAGGGGAAUUCCAAAGCAAAUGGGUAUAAUGAAAUUAUCAAUCAUGCAGAUAUAGAAAUUCCAAGCAACAAUGAUGAUCAACAAAAUGGGUUAGAGGAACUAUCUAAUGCUGUGGACUCUAAUCACUAUGUUGGUCCACCUUUGUCAUCAUUGGCUAAACUGCACAUUGAGCCUGAAGCAAACACGGAUAAAGUCCCGAUGAAUGAUUUUGUUCUAGUUCCGAAGGACGCUAUAGCUAAAAGUCUAGAGAGGGAGGCAGAUGCCCUGGGCAUUCAGUUACAGCAAAGUGAACCUUCUGUGAAUAGUGAUUACAAAUAUCAGAAUAGAAUCGGAAAGAGAAACAGAGUAGGUCAUCAGUCGGAUUCAUAUUUUGUAAAAAGGCAAAAUGUCAAGAGCAACAGUCUGAAGGGUAGCCCAAGGAUGUCCUCAAGGAUACGUCAUGAACAUUCUUUUCCACAAGAACUUGUAGAUUUAGUCAGAGAGGACAGCAUGAUUAGUUCAUCCCCCCACUUUCCUCCAGUCUCGGCCUACAAGAAAAGUCGAUUCCUUGAUAAACUUGAUCAAAGGAUUUUCAACAGGAACAAAGACACGCUUUCCUCCCAUGGUAGACCACGCACUUCACAGGCUGAUGCAAGGAAGAGCCAGGGGACAUCUUCAAACAGACCCAGUCUUAAAAAUCUGUUACGUGUGGCUGUUACGGUGCAAAACCCAAGGGUUGAACCAGGGCAUAUGCAGCACAGCUCAGUUGGUAUGGAUGGUAAAAAGAUCAAAAGUGACCUGGCACCUAACCAUGAAACAUCUUACCUAAGGCAUCUGAUGCAGUUGAAAUCUUUCGCACCAGAAAGCAAUAACCAAGCAAGACACUUGAAACUUGGGAAAAGACCAGGAGAUACUGACGAUUCUGAAUUCAUAUCUGAGAGAAACGAGAAAGUGAAAAAGCGGGUUCUCUCUCCCAGUUGGUGGAAACAAGGCCGUCAGUCCAACCCAACAUUGAGCCCCAGACGCCUGCCCAAGCGUGACACGGCUAAAAUGGCAAAGCCCAUGUUUGAGGCCCGAGGUUUGUCAAUCUGGGCCAAUAGUAAGACAGUUGACUUCGACACUAUGGGAGAGGGUGACCACACCUACACUUUAACCGUGUUGGCCAUAGACAGACCGGAGUAUGGGUCUCCGCAGACAGGGACCACCAUGGUGCUGGUUCAGGUGCUACCUGUCAAUGAGUUUACCCCCGAGUGGACGGACCACCCAGUUAAUGAUUCAGGUUGGUUCCCGUCUCUCCUCGUCAGGGAGAACGUUACGGUUGGGACGAAACUGAUCACCCUCGGGGCCACAGACAGGGACGGUGGGGAGGACGGCAGGAUCACCUACACCCUGACGAAGAUCACAGCAGCCAACGGAAAGUCCGCCAUCGAGGCCUUCGCCAUCGAACCAGAUACCGGAACCCUGACGAAUGCUGUGAAACUCGAUCGCGAUCCCCGCACUGGCGGCGUCACCCACUACGACCUUGUCAUCACUGCCUCUGACAACGGUGAGAACCCUUUCUCCACACAGGGUAGGAUGCGGAUCAGCCUUGUGGACGUCAAUGACAACCCUCCAGAAUUCGUCAAGCAGUUGUAUGAAGCCAUUCUACCCUCCGAGUGGACGGAACUCUCCAACUGGAAGCUCCAAUUGGCUGUUAUGGACCACGACAGGAAGGCGACUUUCAAGUUCAAGAUCGUCAAAGGUGAUUCAUCAACGUUCAACAUACAUGAAAACACGGGGAUCAUCACGGUGAGGGGGACGCCGGACAAGACGCUGCCCUACAAGGUGUUGACGGUCAGUGCGUCGGACGGAGGGACCCCGGAGUUGACCAGCUCCACACAGGUCAUCAUACACACGCAGAAAUACAGUUUUGACCAGGUCCGAGCCGCUAUUGACGCCAGGACCAAGUCUAGCGGGCCGUGGGUGUUCAAGAUGCUCAGCGGCGUCUUCGGCAUCAUCCUUCUCUUCAUGAUCAUUUUCUACGUGACCAAGAAAUACGGCUUAUGCUCCUCUGUGGUCAGGCCCGACAUGGACAAGACAGAUGACGACGUUUCAGUUAACAGAUCCCGUGUAAUAAACAUUGCCCCGCCACCUGACGUCACGAACAGGGCAGAUAACUCCGGCAUAGAGCAGUCCGUGGACGAAGGGCAGGAUGGACAUGCGCAGGAGAGUAUCUCCAGCAUGGGUCCUGCUUACACUGGUCUCAAGGGGAACAGACGCGGGGAGCGAUGAUGAUGAUGAUGAUGAUAAUGAUGAUGAUGAGGUGGACACUUUUUUUACACUGGAUUCUUUAGGGCGACAGGCAUCGCUCGUCCUUACGACGUAUGCUUCACUUCUUGAACACAUUGUGUUCGUGCAAAACGCGCCUUGCCAAAAUGAACGUACCGAACAGGACAUGAAGACUAUGACUGUAACCUCUAGGAACUGUUGCACUUUCUCGUGACAUUGGACUGCAUCGAAUCCUUGCAUUUGUCAAAUCGUGUUUAGAUUCACGUGUGGUGUUUUAAUACGAAAGGAUGUGUUACUUGUGACGUUUAAUGUGUCGUUCUACCUCAUUGUGUACACUGCACGUUCAAUAUCAUAAUAACAGUCUCACCAAGGAACAAACACGAACUCGAACGUAUCUCCGAUUGCAUAAGCCACAAAUAAACCAAUGUGGUAAUGCAAUAUCUCGAAGGUAUCCGACGGUCUCAACCACGUUUCCUGUUCACAUUCACUUCUCGAAUAUUCACACGAGUUAUAUUAAAGUCUACUUUACCCUAUUUAACAUAACAAAUAUACUGUAAUAUUCGUUCAUCUACUGAAGAUACCGUAUUUGUCGUAAUAAGCGCACACGGCGAUAUUUGCUAAUAUAUUGGCCAGUGAGCAAUCUCACUUAGUACCCCUUCCGAUUGAUCAAUGCACACAAGACUUA